GGCCAUUCACAGCGCGCUCCUGAGGGAAACGCCACUCGGGGUUUCUCUUCGGCGGCGUCGUGAGCGGCCUAGUUUUCGGCUGCCAGCCGCUGCUCCUCCGCGCUCGGUUCUCUUCCGUUCCCCCCCCUCUCCUUUUCGCCUUCGCCCCGGGAGAAGCUGCGGCCUCAGGUUCGCGCCCGACGCCUUUGCCGCCAUGAAGCUCGUGAGGUUUCUAAUGAAACUCAGUCAUGAAACUGUAACCAUAGAACUGAAGAAUGGGACCCAAGUACAUGGAACUAUCACAGGAGUGGAUGUCAGUAUGAAUACACAUCUUAAAGCUGUAAAGAUGACUCUGAAGAACAGAGAACCUGUCCAGCUGGAGACAUUAAGUAUUCGAGGCAACAACAUUAGGUAUUUCAUUCUGCCAGAUAGUUUGCCUCUGGAUACCUUGCUGGUGGAUGUUGAACCAAAAGUCAAAUCCAAGAAAAGGGAAGCAGUUGCAGGGAGAGGACGUGGCAGAGGACGUGGGAGAGGCAGAGCCCGUGGCAGGGGGAGAGGAGGUCCAAGACGAUAAUUUCUUUAUAGCCACUAAAAAUGUCGGGCAACUUUGGAUAUUUUUUGUACAGGUUUUGUUUCAUUGUCAUUUUUAAUAAACAAAUGUGGGAAAUGUGUCAGUUAAGGUCAAAUUAUAUACUUCAAUCUUAUUGGAAUUUUGAUUAUACAUGCCUUUGUAACCUCUAGUACUGUUCAACCCAAACGUUAACUUCCUUAAAUUGGUAUAUACUAAAAUUUAUUCAAAAUUCCCACAAAGAUAUGGAAUGUGCUCAUUGUGGCGUAGUCCUUAUUCCUGCCACAUAUUCUGUUAUAACAAAAGAGCUUGCAUUUUUUGUGUUUUCAACGUUGCUUGAAAUUACAUACACCUUCAACUAAUAUUUUGAGUAUAUUUCUUUUAAGUUUUUGCCUGGAAGAAUGGAUGUAGGCUGUUAAAUAUGAAAUCAGCAUUUACAUACA